CUCGCUACCAAGCAUCACCCUCGUGAGGCCUCGUGGCGUUCCGCGCUGCCCUCACCGAGCCUGGCGCCUCUUCUGCCAGCGCGGGGCGGGGAUCGGGCGGGGGCUGCGGGGAGGCCCAGGGCACAUGACGCCCCCUCCCCGCGGCCCCCGCGCCAAGCACAUGACUCAGGCCGGCAGGCAGGCCCGAGCCGCGCGCGUCCCCAGCACGACCCAUGGCCUCUCCGCGACUGGGCACCUUCUGCUGCCCCACGCGGGACGCCGCCACGCAGCUCGCGCUGGGCUUCCAGCCGCGGGCCUUCCACGCGCUGUGCCUGGGCAGCGGCGCGCUCCGCCUGGCGCUCGGCCUCCUGCAGCUGCGGCCCGGGCGCCUGCCGGCGGGCCCCGGAAUCGCCUCGGCCUCGCCAACGACCUCAGCCCGCGGCCCCGCCUCCGUGCGCAUUGUGCGCGCCGCCACCGCUUGCGACCUGCUCGGCUGCUUGGGUAUCGUGGUCCGAUCUGCGGUGUGGUUAGGGUUUCCGAGUUUCGUGGAUGACAUCUCCGCCGUGAACAGGACAGAUGUGUGGCCAGCCGUCUUCUGCAUGGGGAGUGCACUCUGGAUCCAGCUGCUGUACAGCGCCUGCUUCUGGUGGUUGUUCUGCUACGCGCUGGAUGCCUACCUGGUGAUCCAGAGGUCGGCUGGACAGAGAGAGCGAGGCCGGGCAGGUGCUGGACCUGAGGUUCUGGACCUGUAUCCUCCCUCCCCCAGCACAAUCCUGCUGUAUCACCUGAUGACCUGGGGCCUGGCCGCCCUGCUGAGCGUGGAGGGUGCCCUGAUGCUGUACUAUCCCUCUGUGGCCAGGUGCGAGAGGGGCCUGGAGCACGCCAUCCCCCACUACAUCACCACGUACUUGCCGCUGCUACUGGUCCUCGUGGGCAACCCCAUCCUAUUCCGAAAGACAGUAACUGCAGUGGCCUCCUUACUGAAGGGAAGACAAGGCAUUUACACGGAGAACGAGAGACGCAUGGGAGCCAUGAUCAAGACCCGAUUCUUCAAAAUAAUGCUGGUUUUCAUCGUUUGCUGGUUCUCAAAUGUCAUCAACGAAAGCCUUUUGUUCUAUCUUGAAAUGCAAGCAGAUAUCAACAGCAGCUCUUUGAAACAGGUCAGAAAUGCAGCCAAGACCACGUGGUUCAUGAUGGGGAUCCUGAAUCCAGCCCAAGGUUUCCUCUUGUCCCUGGCCUUCUACGGCUGGACAGGCUGCCGCCUGAUACUUCCAGGUCCCAGCAAGGAGAUCCAGUGGGACUCAAUGACCACCUCGGCCACUGAGGGGGCUCCCCCAUCCCCCGGGGGCCCCCACGAGCCCGGGGAAGGCCUCACUCCCAAGAAGGAGCUGCCAGGUGGCACGCACACUUCCGAUGAGGCCUUGAGCUUGCUUUCUGAAGGUUCCGACGGCAGCACCAUCGAAAUCCACAUCGCAAGCGGGUCCCGCGGCGGAAAGGCGGCGGACUCUCUUCUGAAAGUCCGAGGAGACCCGUAGAGAGGACGAGACAGGGGAGUCUGGACCCUGUGUGUGUUUUCAGACGCGAGGGUUCUCAUCCCUUCUGACGGUACUCUUGCCCCGCAGUCAGCACACUGCGGGGUGUAGCGUGCCCCGCCACUGGAUCUUCCUGCCAUCCCAGUUAAGAGCAUGUUCCCUGGCAGCCUCUGUGUGACGCAGAGGCCCACCGCGAGCCUGUGCUUGGGAAGGAAAGGCAGAUUCCCUUGGAGACCAGCAGCUUGUCCGAGUCUCUGUGGACGUUCGUUUCUCUAAUCUGGCUGUAAUCUCAACGCCAGAUCCAGGUCCUUGGAAGAGUUAAUAAGUAACAAUAAU